GUUUUGUGAGUGGUGGCUGUGGUACUGCUCUGGUACUUGUUGGUGUGUUUCAUAUCGAGUGUCCUCAAGACCUGGCUACAAUGUUUGCCUGCAGGAGUGCGGUUACAUAACAAGGUGUCAGUGUGCACUUCAUUUUUCUUUUGCAACUGGAAGCAGCUCAACCGUGUGCUGAAUGAUCCUAGGUUUGAAGCCCUCAAAAGCGUCUCCUCACGCUGUGUCUUUAGUGGAACGCCACUUUUGGAUUCCAAAAAGAGAGAAGAAGAGGCUCCAACCACAAGGCAACUUCUGGUUGAUCACCAUCGCCGAGCUCAGCAAACGUUAAUCAUUAAUAGUGUAGUGAAAGUGCCUCAAAUGUGAUACGAAUGAUGGAGUAAUAUUUGUACAAGGGGACAUGCACGAAGGUUUGAACGUUUCUAAGAGUAUUGGUUACCGGUUAAUGACAGUAGUAAAUCUUUCUCACCAGUAUUACGACAUGGCGUUCCUACAGAUUCCUCAUUCUGCAUUACCGGAGAAGAACAGUAAAGAUCCCCCAUCGGUCAGAUUUAUAUCUUUCCAUUAGGUUAGCGCUAGUUUAGUUCUUCCUUUCUUCUUUUUAGUUUCUUUAACUCAUCGUCAUUGUUUGUUGUGAACUCGUGUUGACAUAAUAUUUGCUGUUCCCUCCCUCGGACUGUCUUUGGAGGCUUUGAUGGAAUACCUACUGAUGACCGACGAGAUGAUGGAUCCCACCUCGUUCCUUGAUGAAGAGUCGUCUGGUGUCUGCGAGAGCUUGUCUUGGGGCCAAUGGCAGACCACAGGGGACCAGACGACAGGAAAGAAACGUAAGCAGAUGGACGAGGCGGAGAGCCAUCACCUUCCGGCAGGACUAGCCAAGUCAGUGAAUAUCGCUCAGGACAAGACCAGUCAGCCCACUAAACUACAACGGCAUGAACAAUGUGGAGAGAGCAGGCUAGGCAAUGGCUGGCAACAGGUGGACGAGAUUAGUGACCCACUGGUGGUGGACUUGGACUCUACAUGUGGACUCUCUGGCUUGGCAGUCGACAGCUCCUACCUAAGUGACGCACUGCUCUCCUUGCCGUCCCUCACCGUGUUCAAACAGGAGCUGCCUUCCCCCUCCACCCACCAAGACAGAGGAGGGUCCAGCUCUUCUCCUGAGAGUGGCAACAGUCCCCUGGGCCAUGACGGCAGCAGCAGCCCCCUCCACCACCCCCACCCACACCAUCUCCUCAGAUCAGCUGCCAGCUCCAGUUCCAGUGAUGGAGAUGAAAAACAUGAAAACUCUUCCCAUUUGAAAUCUUACAGAAGUGGUAACAAGUUGUUGGUUGCCUCUGUGCCAGCCACAUCUACAGGCUCUCCUCCCCUGGAUAUCACUGAGGACUGUAGAUUUCAGUAUGUUUUGGCUGCUGCUACAUCAAUCGCCACCAAGGUUAAUGAAGAGACACUCACAUAUCUCAAUCAGGGUCAGUCUUACGAGAUCAAGCUCAAGAAACUCGGUGAUCUCACAGAGUACCGUGGCAAGAUACUGAAGAGCGUUGUGAGGCUGUGUUUCCAUGAGCGCCGGUUACAAUUCAUGGAACAAGAGCAGAUCGCAGCAUGGCGAGCGUCACGACCUGGUGACCGUAUCGUGGAGGUGGACUUGCCACUGUCCUACGGCAUGUUUGAUGUCAUCCAGGACCCGGCCCUACUCAACACUGUGGAGUUCCUCUGGGAUCCCACCAAGGAAGUUGGCGUCUACAUCAAGGUGAAUUGUAUAAGCACAGAGUUCACACCCAAGAAGCACGGCGGGGAGAAAGGAGUACCAUUCCGCAUCCAGGUGGAGACUUACAUCCAGGGGGACAAGAUGUGUCGUCAUCUGCACACCGCCUCUUGUCAAAUCAAAGUCUUCAAGCUGAAGGGGGCAGAUCGCAAACACAAGCAAGACCGAGACAAGAUACUGAAGCGACCGGACAGUGAGAGGGACAAGUACCAACCCUCAUAUGAGUGCACAGUUCUUAGUGAUGUGCCUGUGACCAGUGAAUGUGUGUUCACCUCCCCUAUGGUGCGCUCACCUCCACUGCAGAUGUCUCCUGGCCCUAAAGGGGCUCUCCAGAAUGGCAGUGGCAAGCCGACAAGAGAUGACCAACUGCAGGUUCAUAACAUGACCAAGACCUCUCUGACACCGCAAGUGACUCUCCCUGACAGACCCAAUAGCUCCGAUAACUCUCUGGUCACACAGGGAGCUCUAAUUGGAAGUGCUACACCUCAGCAAACAAUGACUUGGCUCCAGGCAAACCGCUUUGCCGCCUACUUGCACACCUUUGCUAGCUUCUCUGGGGCCGAUUUGAUGCGUCUCUCUCGUGACGACCUCAUCCAGAUCUGCGGCCUAGCUGAUGGCAUCCGCCUCUUCAACUCUCUUCAUCCUCGGGCCAAGACCCUGUACUUGUGCGUACAGAACUCUCCGGUGGUGUAUCAGGCAGUGUACCUAGCCUCACUGUCCAGCCGCGAGAUGUGUGUCAAGGUGGCAGCCCUGCUGGGCUUCUCACACAAUCAGCUGACUCACAUAUACAUGCAGGGUCCCAACGGCAUCCAUGUCGUCAUCACAGAUGAGCUUGUCCGCAACAUCAAAGAUGAAGCCACUUUCAUUACAGAACUUAUCUCAGAUGAGUCAGGUGAGGGGUUGUGCCUUGUUCUGAAGCAGCCUCCUCCACAUUAAAUACAACAGCCUACACUUCUAUUGCAUGCUAAUUAUCUUUAAAUAUUAUUAUGUGUAACCAUAUAAUAUAAUCAUUAUCUUAUUUACUUCCUUUGUCUGCACAGACUUCCAAUUCAUGAGGAUUUUGUUGUAAAAAACACUUGCCUGUAAAUUUUCUUGCCUACCUAACAUAAUUAUUAGGUUAUUACAGACUUUAAAUACGGAUCAAUUUGUGUUAGAUAUUUUAUAUACUGUAUGUGUAGUAGGAAACCAAGAUUCGUUGAACCACCGCUAUUGCCCUUCUAGGUUGAAAACAACAUUAAACCAAAUCUAUUUAUGCCCCUAAUUUUUAAUUGCAGAAUUAUAGGAGAUAUAUUAUUAUAAAGAUAAGACCAAUACAUACAAACACUUUUGAAUUGUUACUCUACAGUUUGUAUUUAUUACGCGUAAAAUAUUGAACUAAUAAAGUCACAACAUUUACAUUAUUUUGUAUGAAGGAAUAAGAUUAAUGAAAAACUUAGGAAAGUACUUUGGUGCAUAUUAAUACCUGUACAUCUUUAAAGUGAGUAAUCUACCAAAAUUCAACGACUAAAUACAAGGGUGUAAAAUAUUUGAGGUUUAAUAUUUGAUCUUAUAGGGCUAAAAUCAAAAUGGCCACCAAUAUAGCCAACUUAUAUAUAAUUGGUACCAAGAGCUUGUUUGCUUGCUUCAGAAAAUAUGUUUUAAUUCAAUUUAAUUGUUAUUUUUAAUUGUUCAUUCAUAAAAUAGUCUCUCUGUUUAUGUAUUUUACUCUGUUAUUGAUUAGUACUUUUCCUGUUUUGUUACUGUAAUUAAAAUCCUAGGUAUAAAUAAAAUUGUACUUUUAAAUUGUUACGUUUCUUACACAUGUGAUAUACAAAAUUAUGUUGUGGUUUCUUAUGUUAAUUUUAUUGUUAUUUGAACCCUUUUUCUAUCACUAGGUGCAGUACAGAUGGAACUUAUAGUAAGCGUAUAAUAUAUUAUUAAUAUAUUAACUCUCAUAUAUAAUAAACUAACUUGCAUGACAAUACUAACACUUCAAUUAUUUACACAUAUUCUGUAUAACAAGAUGUAGUUUGUUGUCUGUAAUUAUUACUCUCAGGUACCUUACAUUCAUUUCCAUGUAGUCAUAGACAUUACCAACAAUUAGUACAAACUAUAAGAUAGAGAUCAAGCUUCUUGCAUGUCAUUGUGAAGCUUGUAUUAGAGGUCAGCUAUGUCCUCUGGCCAUAUUAUACCCACAUAAGUUAGAUUAGAUGUUAGUUAGACAUUUGGUCGAGUUAGAAGAUUUAUUGCUUAGUGUUUCUUUUGAAAAUGAGCAAGGAUUCUCUUGGAUAGAGGGUGCAAUUUUGUGUGAUCAACUGUUAGGAAAUGUUAAAACGUUUGUAUAAGUACAACAGGAUAAGUUAAGUACCAGGCUUAAUGUUAAGCUGUCUUAUAUAUGGAGAAUAUAGGGUGUUGUUUGUUCUAGAUAAUUGAUCGUCUUUGAAAGUUAUAUUAAUAUGCGAGGUAUUCUAAAAUUUAGAUUUUUGAAAUGUGCUUUUAUUCCCACACUGUAAAACUUAGCUCAAUAUCAUAUCAGCUAAUAAUGUAAAAGGUUUAUCCAGUUAUGUUCUAUCAUAUUAUUGUUAUUGCUGUUGUCCGUAGAGUAGCCAAACUGAGCUGGUUCAUAAAGGACGAGUGUGGUCAUCAGGGUCAUGGCACAAGAGCUCUGAGGCAGGGAAAAGCAUAUCUUAUGUGAUGUUGUUAAUAUUUUUAAGAUUUUAUUUAGUUUUAAGUGAUGAUAAGAUUGAGACGAGAAGACCAGUGCUGGGAUGAGAGCUUGUAUGUGGUGAUGCAGCUCUAACAGAAGCAGAAUGUUGUUUAUGAUAGUUAGAUUAAUAUUAUAAUGUAACCCCAGUAGAGAAUCAGCUAGUAAUUGCUGUGCCAAUUUGAUCAAUAACCACACCUAUUUUUUCAUAAUUUCACAUAGUGAUUAAAAAACAGAUUUUAUUGUUUCAGA